AACGGAAGUCCAAAUCCAAAACGGAGCCCCAAUAAAACCUUACUUAUAUAUAGGUAGUCGGCUAGCAGUUCCCCGGAAAUUCAAUUCAACGCAUUGGAAAAUUGAAACAUCAAGAAUCUGAUACCCAAUUACCUUCUAUUGGUAUAGAUUCAUUUGACAGUAAUAAGAAUUCAGAUUUAAGGGUUUUAAGCUUUAAAGCUACAAAUACAGAAAGGGAAUUAAGAAGAAAUGACACAGCCGAGUAAAGAGCCAUGUAAGAAACAGGCUUGCGACAUUCAAACUUGCCUUUCCAAGAACAAUUUCCUUUCUCAAAGGUGUGUAAAGGUGAUCGAAGCACUAAAGUACUGUUGUGAGCAAUGUGAAUACAAAUCAACACAUUGUGCUUCUGUCUCUGGGCUUCUAAAGCAAAUACAGAAAAAAUAGAGUUCAAUGGCUACAGUUGGCAGAAGACCACAGAUAAUACUAUAUCCUAGUUGUUCUCCGUACCAGAGGAGCCAAAGUGAGUUGCUUUUCAGAAGAUCUGAGAACCUGUUUGAACGUUUCUACUGCAAUCAAGAAAGCUGGGUCACUGCAUAAUGUAAUCGUAUCAUAUUUUAAUUUUGUUUUAAAUCCAUUAGAAAUCCGAUUUUAGAUAUUGAGGACGAACGAACAUAUGGAUGUAUUUCAGCAGUAUGUCAUAGGGAACAUAGCUAUUGAACCUCACAAGUUGCGUCAUACUUAAUAAAUUGUGGCGAUGAUGGCCGUGGCACACUAAACCUGUAGAUAGACUGCAUUAUCUCAUUUGACCAGCUUGUAUAGACGGAGCAAGCUGUUACUGUUGCCGCGCUAGUGUGCCCUACUGCCAGUGCUUUUGAAUUUCUUUUACCGAAGAACACUCAUUUGCUUGUUCGUUACGAAUAGGUUGGUAUUUUUUGCCACAAAUAUGUAUCAUUCCUAUUAAAAAGGUGAAUAACUUGGGCAAGUUUGGUUA